AUGUCUCUCGCACGGUCGGCUAGCGGCCCCGGCGGGCUCAGCAUCAACACGGGCUCGGCCAAUCUCUUCCCCCAGCGGGAGGUGGACUCUUCGGCACGGCGACUUCCCAGCCCGCCCAAGCAGCCCCUUCGCAGCCGGCUGGAUCCCUCUUCGGUUCGACAGCCACCCAGACUCCCGCUUCACAACCUCAAGCCGGCGGAUUAUUCGGGCAAACCGCGGCCACCACCCAACCACAGCAAGCAGGAGGUUUGUUUGGGUCAACAACAACACAACAACCUCAGCAGUCGACGGGGGGGCUCUUUGGGGGGGGCAACGACUUCACAGCCAGCUCAGGCAGGGGGACUCUUUGGCGGCACGACCCAAACACAGCAACCACAGCAGCAGGCGGGCGGAUUGUUCGGCGGCGCAGCCACGCAGCAACAGCAGCAACAGCCCCAGGCAGCCGGUGGACUAUUCGGAAGUUCGACGGCGAACACAGGCGGCAUGUUUGGGAACAAGCCAGCAGCGACGACCACGGGCGGCGGGUUAUUCGGCCAAACGCAAUCCCAACCGCAGCAAUCCCAAGCAGGCGGUCUCAGCCUGGGCCAAUCGACCGCCCAACAACAAACCGUACCCGGCGUGCGCAUCGACCUGAGCAACAUCAAAUCAACGACGCGCUUCAACGACCUGCAGGAGACGCUGCAAAAAGAGAUCGCGCAGAUCGACGAGGCGAUCCAGCGGUGCAUCAAGGACAAGGACGCGGUGGACGCGUUCCUGCCGUCGCACGGCGAGCAGCUGGCCGCGAUCCCGACCGACGUCGGCUUCGUGACGCGCAAGUCCGAGGGCGCCCACAACGCCCUCUCCAGCGACAUCCGCGCCAUCGACCAGCUGCGCGAGCUGGUCAAGACCGACGCCGGCCACGCCCGCCUGUCCUUCAAGGCCAUCGACAACCUCAAGCUGCCCACCCAGUACCACCAGGCCGGCCUGUGGGCGAACCGCGGACAGCAGGUCGGUGGUGCGGGGGCCGGCGGCCAGGGGGGUGCCGCUGAUGCCCAGAGCAAUACCGAUUUGAUCAGCUUCUUCUCGGCGACCGCAGGCGAGAUGGACGAUAUGAUGAAGAAGUUUGAGCGGAACCUCGGCGAGAUCGAGGUGCACUUGCAUGGCGUGCAGGGGAAUAUGCUAGAGCAGAUGCAGAGGGUGGCUGCCCAGUCCAAGAGCACCACACCCGGCGGCGUGGAUCAGAGGGUUGUUGAGCUGGCGGCUGUGCUGCGCGACUUUGAGGAGAGCAUCUUGAAGGUUGCCGGCGUGGUGGGCGGCGUCAAGGAGGGUGUUACAGAGUUGCAGCUGAAGGAUUUUAUGGGCCAUGGCAGCUGA